AUGGACCAAGCCCCUAGUUUUGCUGAUUCCAACUUCCCCACUCAUGUUUGCAAGCUAAAUAAGGCCAUCUAUAGUCUACGGCAAGCACCCAGAGCUUGGUUUCAUGAAUUUAGCUCCUCUCUACUACACUCUAGUUUUGUACAAAGCUCGGCUGACAGCUCUAUGUUUGUUGAUCAUUCUGAUCUUGUUCUCCUUGUUCUUCUCCUAUACGUUGAUGACAUCAUACUCACAGGUGCCAACUCCUCUCAUCUUCAUAAGUUUAUUCAGCAACUCAGUACUGCCUUUGCUAUGAGUGACCUUGGGGACAUGCAUUAUUUCUUGGGCAUUGAAGCCACCAAGAUUCAUAUUGAUAUUCUCCUUACUCAAAAGAAAUACAGUCUUGAUUUGCUUCACAAGACUGGAAUGACUGGCUGCAAGCCAUGUAACACUCCUGUGGCUGCUGGAUCAAAAUUAUCUCUCUUGGAGGGUGACACACUGCCAGAUCCCCAUGAAUAUAGGCAAAUUGUUGGUGCAUUGCAAUAUUUGACUAUCACUCGCCCAGACCUCUGUUAUGCAGUGAAUCAAGUGUGCCAAUUUAUGCACUCACCUACUACAACACAUCUCCUUGCUGUCAAGAGAAUAUUACGGUACCUAAAGCACACACUUGGAGCUGGUAUUGUCAUCAGGCCAGGCCCUAUAAAUCACAUUCAAGCAUACACAGAUGCUGAUUGGGCUGGUUGCCCCGAUACUCGACAUUCUACCUUUGGUUUUUGUGUGUAUCUUGGCAACACUUUGGUCUCUUGGUGCUCUAAAAAGCAACCUACAGUCUCUAGAAGUAGCUCUGAAGUAGAGUACAAGGCUCUUGCAAUCACUACAGCUGAAAUGAUAUGGCUCUCAUACCUAUUAACAGAUCUUAAAGUUUCACUCAAACACCCUCUCCUCAUCUACUGUGACAAUAUUUCAGCAACUCACAUGGCAGUAAAUCAUGUUCUCCAUGCAAGGACUAAACACAUGGAGGUGGACUAUCACUCUGUCCGGGAUUUGGUUCUCAACAAUACAUUGAAGGUGCAGUUUGUAUGA